AUGGGUGGUUACUUCUCCAGCCUAGAUGCUGCAACUGGUCGCGUUGCAGACGAGAUUGAAUGCGACCUACACGACCCAGAGAGAGCAGUCCAGUCCGUGAUCGACUAUCCAGGCCUGGAUAAGUUUCAGUGGAAGGUGUGGUGGGUUGCUGCCUCGGGAUUUUUCACAACAUCCUACAGCAUAUUCGCCGUGAACGUCAUUAGCCCAGCCCUGAGUUACGUCUAUCCAGAAUGUACUCACUGGUGGUCAACGAACUCAUUGGUCAUCAACCUGACAACAUUAACGGGGACGAUGAUCGGGAUGCUCAUAUUCGGCCACCUGGCAGACAGAUAUGGUCGAAAAGCUGUAUACGGUCUUGAGCUAAGCAUUGUCGUGGUUGCGACAGUUGGGAUGACGACGGCCUCUUCGGGUCAUCUGAACUCGAUGAAUGUGUACGGUUGGAUCGGGUUUUGGCGGGCUAUGUUAGGGAUUGGACUUGGAGCAGAGUACCCACUCUCUACGAUCAUAGCUGCGGAAUGGUCUUCGACGAAGUCCCGAGGUAGAAUGAUAGCGGCUGUGUUUUUAAUGCAGUCCCUGGGUCAAUUUGCUGCAUACGCCUUUGGUUUAGCUAUACUGCGGGGGAUUAGCAUCAGGCUUGGGUUGUCCCCUGAUGAGACAGAUUACGAUGUCGCUUCACCGGUUAUCGAUGUUGUCUGGCGAACAAUAAUUGGAAUCGGGGCAGUUCCAGCUCUUAUCUCGCUCUUCCUAAGACGGAUAAUCCCCGAAACCCCUCACUAUCUUGUAGAAAAAGGCGAACUUGUGAACGCUGUCGCAGCUGUAGGCCGAGUCCUUCCUCUUGACGCAGCUCUCCAGCCUACUAAUCACAGCUAUCCUAUGGCUCAAUCGUCAUCGAAAAGGCCGAUAUCCAAUUUGAGAACACGGCAAAAGAGUCGGUGGGAGUCAAUUGUUGACUAUAUGCGAGAACUAAAGGAGCAUCUCGCCGAAAAAGGGCGUUGGCGUGCUCUUCUUGGCGUUAUGGCCACUUGGUGGUUGUUGGACCUAGCUUAUUACGGGCUUGGCCUUGACAACCCGAAACUUAUCUCCACAAUCUGGCUUUCAGAUGCGCCGCCCCAAUCAAAUGUUUCUACGUCGCUGGGAGAGUUAGCGUGCAAUAAUGUUCCAUGGCGAGCUGAUCCGGCCCGGCCGAACAUUACGAUAUACGAAAUGCUCCAGCAAGACAGCAUACGGAAUAUUAUGACUAUUUCAAGCGGAGCUCUACCAGGGAGCAUUGUUAUCCUGUUUGCCGUCGACUACUUGCCUCGAACCACAUGGAUGGGGUGGAUGUUCGUUGCGCUCGCAGCGCUUUUCGCGAUCAACGGCGGGACCUUUUCCGUUAAUUUUGAAACGGAUAAGCAUGCGUUGACGAUGACCUUGUAUGUGCUUGCGCAAUUCGUCUUUAACCUUGGUCCCAACAUCAUGACGUUCAUGCUUCCGGCCGAGCUCUUCGCAACAAAGUAUCGGGGCACGUUCUACGGAGUUGCGGCAGCUUCCGGGAAGCUCGGAGUGAUCACAAUUUUGCUACUAACCAACUUAGUGGUCUAUACAGGCGACUAUAGUCAUAAGUUUGCGGCGCUUCUGCUAGGGUUCUGCCCAGCGAUGCUCCUAGGGGCCUUCAUCACGUGGGUUUGGAUUCCUGAAGUCCAAUAUCCCCGAGGACGUGAUGAUACGUUUGAAGGCGGAGAUGACGUAUCUGAAGCCCGGGUUGAGCUAGAGAUCUCUACAUUUAGACAGAAGCUCAAGCUACGAAAUCGCCCGCUGGCGGACAUCGCUCAGAAUCCAGGGGAUGGCCAAAUUUUAGGUAUGAGGCGGAACAUUGCCCGACUGUUCCGACCGGCGCGGUCCCACAAUACGGAUAGGAUUCGACGGAGACAUGCGGAAGGCACCAGAGGAGACUCAAUGGAUCAGCAAGAUGUGAUGUAUUAUGACCAUGAACAAGUUGUUGAAAUGGAGGAAGCUGAUAUCGGAGAUGGACUGGGGAUGAGACAUAUACAUUGUAGAUAAUAUUGAUCUAGUUCAAAGACAAGUUUAGAGUAAUGAAGUUAUGAGAAGAUUCGUUCAGUCAUUUUGAC